AUGCUUCAUCCAAUUCAUAGUGGUACAUCUCCUCUAGACCAUGUCACAACUCAAUCAUCCCUUGAUGAUUAUCGUAUCCCUCCUCAAUUACAAGACCAUUCAAAACCCAGUGAGUAUCAUGACCUUUUGGAUUAUUUCAAACAGAGACAGUCAGAUAAUUAUCGAUACAUCAAAUUCAUUGUACCUGAUGAUAACCCUACUACCGCAAAUUUUACUAAAAGGGUAUCCUUUGAUACGGUUAAUCUUGAAACCGAUGAAGAUCAUUUAGUUGAAUGGGAUGAUGCAUUUGGUUGGGAUCUUGUACGACUUAGAGAAGCAUCGACUUCUUCAAAUGAUAGAGGUAGAAAACGUGAAUCCGUUUCUGCUUCUAAUGGUGGAACAUCUCCUCUAGCAUCACCAACUCGAGGGUAUUCAGCAUCAGAUUAUUUCACAGCCAAUUAUUCAUUUGGUACUAGUGGUACUAGUUCCACUGUAGGUGGUCUAUUAAGUCCAAAUCCAAUUAUGCCAACUCCAGCUGAAUUGGAAAAUCUCCUUGAUACUUCACUUCUUCAAACUGCACCCAAGGCCCCUACUUAUCCAACGACUCCUAUAAUAGUUCAUCGUGGUUGUACAUUAACUAAAAAGCAUAAAGAUUUUGAUAAAUUAUACGAUGGCCUUUUGAAACCAAAAGCUCCUGUAUUACCAAAACGGUCAAUUCUUAUAUAUGUAAGUGGAAGAAGGCAUACGUGGGUUGCUCUAGAUUGGAUAUUAACCAAUUUCUUAGAAAAUGGUGAUUCUAUUGUUAUAUGCUGUGCCAUAAACUAUCCAGAUAUUUUAACUCAUAAAAAAAGAAAGAACAGUUUCUAUUCGCCUCAUGGAUUUUUACCUCCCACGAAUCCUCGUCUGAGAUUUCUUCAUAGGAAUAAACCAGAAAAUGUCCCUUCAAUAUGUGAAAACUUAAUGGAAUAUGUUGAAGCUAUGGUUAGUCCCAAAAAGAUUAUUAAAAUUACUAUUGAAUUUGUUGUUGGUGAUACAAAGAAUGUUUUGAAAGAGAUGUAUAAAUUAUAUGAACCUAAUUUAGUAUGUACUGCUACCAAACCCAAUAUUAGAAUAAGUGCACCAUUAAGGAGUUGGAAUUCUUCUAAGUUAACUGAUAGAUUGGUUAAAAAUUUCCCCUUACCAGUAAUAGUUGUUCCUGCUGCCAAUAUGAAUAACUAUGAGUAUAAAUUAGAAGAUAGAUUUAAGAAGCAAUUGGAGAGAUCAAAGAAUGCAAAGAUGGACGGAGUGAAUGCUUCAUUCAACGAGGAUGGUCAGAGUUCUCAAUUAACUACUGAUACUUCUGUAGAUGAUAAAAAUAGUCAAGACGAUGAUGAAGAUGUUGAAUGUACUAAGGAUAAGUUAUUGCCUAAUGAUGAAGAUCUAGAGGAUGAUGAUGAGAUCGACUCGAUUGAACAAUUUGAUGGAGAUGAUAACAAUUCCAUCACAUCUGAAAACAGUGAUUCAUCGACUCUGUCAUAUUCUUCAUUUGAAGAAAUUAGUAGAUUGUAUUAUGACUAUAAGAAGGACUUAGCAUUAGGUUCUAAGAGAGAUGCGGUUGUUUUUGAUGCUGAAGCUUUAAUUCAUGAUAUCAAACUUAUUUCUGAUAAGUCUCUGGAAUUAUGUAAUGAAAUUAGAACUUUGGCUCCAGAUUAUAGAGGGAAUGGAUCUAAAUUGGCUCGGGCAAUCACAGGAUCUAAUUUAUUUGAUGUGGUGCCUUAUAAGACGAAGUCCAUGUUGGAUCCAGUUUUACCUAAGACAUCUAGUUCUGGUCUUAGUUAUAGAGAAAUGAAAGAAAUGCUUAAGCAGAAUGCUAAGAAUGCUGCACUUAAACAACAGCAAUCUGAUCCAGAGAAUGAAAGCGACUUCUCUCCUCCUCCCCAUGCAGCAACCUUGCCAGUAAUUACUAUCGGUAAUGAUGACGAAACUAGUUCUCGAAGUUCAUUAUCUCCAUCUCCUCAACCAAUUACUUCUACAUCAUUAAAAUGGGAUAUUGAUCAUGCUUCACCUACUACAAAUAAUAAAAAGAAAUCGAAAGUUAGUACAAAACUAUUACAAAAAUCAUUAUCUCAUGAUAUAGGUAAUGAUGUAGGAAGAAUUACUAUUGAACCAUUAAAGUCGCACCCUGAUUUGAAAUCAUUAGCGGCUUCGGAUUCUAAUCUCCCCUUACGGAAGGAAAGUUCUAUUAAGAAGAAGUCAAAGAAAAAGUUCUGGAAAUUCUUUAAUUGA